AAGCCUAAGUAAAUCGGGUUCUUGAAAGCAGUUGAAUAAUAGUAAUUUUAAUAAAUUAAAAAUCAUGUCUGAGUCAGAGGGUAUGGAAACUAGUACAAUAACAGAAUCUCAAAAGGAAGAUACUGAAGAUGAAGACAUUUUAGCCAAAGAUGAAUUGAAUAUUCAAAAGAUUCUUGAAGGUAUGACUAAUGAAUUCAACAAAGCAAAUUCAAAAAAAAGUGGAGACUCUGGAAAGAAAAUCAAUAAAUCUGAGCUAACACUACGUAAACAAGAAAAGCCUCAGGUCAAAACUUCAGAAGGGAGUACAAAGUCCACAAAAGUACUUAAUUGUUCAAAUCAUCUUGAUGAAGAAAUUAAAAUUAUUAAAGAAAAUAUUCCUGAAAAAAAAUCUGAAAAAACAGUUACAGAUGAAGUACCCAAGCAAGAAGCAAUUAACAAAAAAGAUAACAAUAUUCCUAGAAUUGUAUUGACAUUUAGAACUAUUGAUGAAAAUACUGAUCAUGGGAAAAAAACUAAGAUUUCUAGUUGUGCAUCAAAUUUAUCUUUAGUGCCAGAUGAACUUGUUAAAUGUGAUCAAAUUAGUGGAGUGUCUGUAAAGAUUGAUGAAAUUUGUGACGAAAUAAGUAAAUCAGAUACUAUAACAUGUAAAAAGCAGAAGGUUGAAAAUGACAGUAAUUUGUUAAUUGCAAAUAAAGAGGACAACGUUCGACAGAAUACAGAAGAAACUGAUUUGCAACCAAAUGUCUCAUCUCAAGAAAAUAAUAAGCCAAGGUCAGAUUUGGUUCAUAAAUAUUCAAAAAAUGAUAAUGUACAACCGAAUAAUAAACUUCCCGAAGAACCGGAAACAAUAGUAACCAGUACCAAGCGAAAUAGACAGAAACGUUUAAGAGAAUUAAGCGAUGAAGCAGGAUUAAAAAGAUCUGCAAGACGAUUGUCAAAAGAAUCAUUAAAGAGUACAGUCUUGGAAAGUGCAAUGGCAAGGAAAGAAAAAUCUAACUAUACGGUAGAGAACACUAAAAGAAAAUAUAGUAGACCUGGGAGACCUAAGAAGCUGAUUGCAGACAAAAAAGAUACAUUACCUAAAUUAAAUCCCUUAGAUCCUUCAAAAGUAAUUUCAAAUAAAAAAGAUACUUUACCUAAAUUAAACCCCUUGGAUCCUUCAAAAUUUGUUCCUGAUAAAAAAGAUAGUCUACCUAAAUUAAGUCCUUUAGAUCCAUCAAAAAAUAUUACAUUAGCUAAUGAUAUUAACUGCAUAAAUAUAGACGAUUCUCGAAAGUCAAAUAAAUAUGAGGGAAUGCCUAAAUUAACACCAAUAAUCAAAAGUUGUGAAAUUAUUCAGCCAAAAUUUAGCGAACCAAUUAAUAGUGAGACUACUAUUAAAGAUGAAACGUUUAUGAAAAAUGUUGACGAAUCGUUUCUAAAGCCUAUUGCAAUGAAAUCAAAAAGAGAAAAGGGUCGUCUUAGAAGCACUGGCACUGCUAGAAAAAUAGCGAAAGGAGGAGUUUUCGAAGAAGGCUUGACUCCUGAAACUGAAGUAGAAAAUGCUUCUAAAGAUGUCAUUAUAGAAGAAAGUCCAAUACCUUUGAAAAGAACUCGCAGAAAUAUGACUCCUAGUCCUAGUACAGCUGAAGGACAGGCAUCUAAGCCUGAAUCAACAGCAAUUUUAAGUAAAAUACGUAAUGAUAAAGUUACUUGUAAGAAACUAGAAUCUAUGCAAUGUUUGUGUGAAGUACCAUCUCAGUUAUUUGUAACAAUUACAAGUGCUGAAGCACCAUUGUAUUGUACAGCCUUAGAUUCCGUUGAUAAUCGAAUAAUUGGUUGUUGCAAUGAAGUUGAUCAUGAUGAUGUAGCUAUGCGACGACCUAGUACACAAAUUCCCUUCAUCAUAUUAUGUCGGAUGCACAAAGAAAGAUUAAUUAGGCACAAUUGUUGUCCAACCUGCGGAUUAUUUUGUUCUCAGGGUAAAUUUGUACAUUGUUCCAAUGGUCAUCAAUAUCAUCGUGAUUGUGAGAUAUAUUAUAACAAAAAACCACUGUGUCCACAUUGUGGUAGCUAUGGCCUUUCAUUUGAUGUUGUUAUCACUAUGACUGGGAAACGCAAACCUGUUUAUGUCUCGCCGCGCAAGCAAUUUUCAAAAGAAAUAUCAGCCAAGAUAAGCUUACCAGGAACAGGUGAUAAUGCAAAAUUAGCUGAACAGCAGCCUGUUAAAAAAAAAUAUAUCGAACCACUUAUCAGUCCAGACAUAAUUAAUAUUCCUAAACAAACUACUUCAAAUACAGAUAAAUUGGAGCGUUACACCAAUAUUAGUUUAUAUAAUGCAGUGAAGAAUGGUGAUUUACAAAAAUUAGUAAAUAUUUUAGCAUGUGGUUUUAAUGCUAAUCAUACAUUUCGUGAACAAGCGCAUAAAACUGGUCUACAUAUAGCUGCUGAUAAAGGCUAUUUAGGUUGUGUUCAUGUGCUUGUACAAGCAGGUGCUCAACUGGAUAUUUUAGAUAGAAAUCAAUUGUCUCCUUUAAUGUUAGCCGCGACUAAUGGUAGAACUAACAUUGUUAGAUAUUUGAUGAGAAUUGGCGCUGAUGUGACCUUAAAGGGUGAAGACGGUAUGACAGCUUUGCAUAUGGCUGCAAAAUUUGGUCAUCUUGAUGUUUGUAAAAUUAUUUUAAAUGAAUGUAAAGUACCUAGAACAUUAGUAGAUUCAGUAGACGAUGGCGGAUGGACAAGUUUGAUCUGGGCAUGUGAAUUUUGUCAUGCUGACGUAGCUCAAUAUUUGAUCGAGAACAAAUGUGAUCCACUCAUAAGGGACGCUGAGCAAAACAUAGCACUUCAUUGGAGUGCUUUUAGUGGUAGUUCUGAAAUAACAGAACUACUUUUAAAUAUAGGUUGUGAUGUUAAUGCGGUGAAUGUUCACGGUGAUACACCACUACAUAUAGCAUCACGUCAAGAUCAAUAUAAUGUUAGUAUUUUAUUAUUAUCAAGGGGUGCCAAAGUUGGAGAAGUAAAUGUAAUAGGAGAAACAGCUAUAGAUUGCUGUGCUGGAAAUGGAGAUACAAUGAAUGCACUUCAAUUAAACUUUAAAGUAAAUCAGCAAUCUGAUCAAAUGCUAGAAAGAACCGUAAAAAUAUUAACAAAUGACAUAUCUCGAGGAAAGGAAACAAAUCCCGUUCAAUGUGUAAAUGGUUUCGAUUCGGAAGAUAAGCCAACGGAUUUUGUGUAUGUUACAGAAAAUUGUUUUACAAGUACGAUAAAUGUUGAUCGAACAAUAACAUCAUUACAAUCUUGUCGCUGUGAAGACAAUUGUAGCUCAGAUAAAUGCCUUUGUGGUAAUAUAAGUUUACGAUGUUGGUACGAUGAUGAAGGAAAACUUGUGUCUGAAUUUAAUUAUGCUGACCCACCAAUGUUGUUUGAAUGUAAUCCAGCAUGCGACUGUAAUAAGAUAACAUGUAAUAAUCGUGUAGUACAACAUGGUUUGACACAACGGUUUCAACUUUUUAGAACAUUAGGAAAGGGCUGGGGCUUAAGAACUCUUAGACAUAUUUUAAAGGGUACGUAUGUCUGUGAAUACGUUGGUGAAAUUAUAUCAGACUCCGAAGCGGAUCACAGAGAGGAUGAUUCUUACCUUUUUGACUUAGAUAAUAGAGAUGGAGAAACUUAUUGUAUCGACGCUAGACGUUAUGGCAAUUUAGCUCGUUUUAUUAAUCAUUCUUGUGCUCCGAAUUUAUUACCAGUAAGAGUUUUUAUCGAACAUCAAGAUCUUCAUUUUCCUCGAAUAGCAUUUUUUGCUAAUAGGAAUAUCGAUGCAGAUGAAGAGUUGGGAUUUGAUUAUGGUGAAAAAUUUUGGAUAAUAAAAUGCAAGUCUUUCACAUGUACUUGUGGUGCAGAAAAUUGUAGAUAUUCCGAUAAGACAAUACAAAUUACAUUGGACUCUUAUCGUAAAAAAAUUCAGCACGAAGAAACAGUAACAGCUCCAACAUCGACGGCGUAAAAAUUUAUAUUUCGUAAUUGUGUUACAGUCAUACUUUAAAAAACAGUAGACUGAUUUUAUAUGGACCAUUGAUGAUCUAUUAUUGUACAUUUUUAUGUUAAUGAAAACAUAAUAAUAUUAAGUAAUAAGGCGAUUUAUAUAAUAGUAGACCUAAAUAUUGUGUAUAAGUUAUGUGUUCAAUGGCUUUAGUAUUUUAUUCAGAGGCUUACAAAAAGUCAUUUCUAACUGACACGCUCAAUUAAUUUUGAAGUACUUGCACUCUCUAUAUCUUCAAUGUCAUUCAAAAGUUUAUGUUUACAAAGUGCAUUUGUAAAAGUAAUUUUAUACAA